GGCAUCUUCAGCCUGCAAAGAUAAUGUCACAAAUUCCAACCAGGAUUUUUGUUGAUGUGAAGUUAAAGUCUGAAGAACCUGCAUCUUCGUCUGCUCUUCCUAAGGCUGAUCCUGACACUCUGGACCAGCUGGGUUUGGUAGAAGAUGACAAUGGAACCACUGAAGGACAACAUCUCCUCACAUAAAUACUUUAUCUUCAGUGGUUUCAGUGAGCUUGGAACGCUGAAGUCCUUCAUUUCUAUCCCCUUUUUGAUCCUGUUUGUUGUGUCUCUGUUUGCCAACUCCCUGCUGAUCUAUGUGGUUGUCUCACAGAGAAGCCUCCACUCACCGAUGUACAUCCUCAUUGCCUGCAUGGCAUUGGUUGAUAUGAGCCUGCCACUGCUUCUCAUCCCCAACCUAUUGCUGAAUGUGUUGUUCAACUGGAGGGGAAUCGCUCUAAGCGGCUGCCUGGUUCAGAUGUUCUUUGUUCACUUUCUAGGAACUUGUCAGUCCACUCUGCUUCUCUGGAUGGCAUUGGACCGAUACUUUGCCAUCUGCAUCCCUCUCUGCUACCAUGAGUACAUGUCUUUGCACAGAUUCCUCAAGUUUGUGAUUCCACUUUUGAUCAGGAAUGUCAUCAUGAUAUUGAUGGUGGUGGUUUUGGCAGGAUCAUUGUCGUAUUGCUUCAAGAAUGUGAUAAACCACUGCAUCUGUGAGCACAUGGCUUUGGUGGAGCUGGCCUGUGGAAGCACCAACAUCAACAGUCUGGUUGGGUUGAUGACAGUGUUCCUGGUCACUGUAUUUGAUUUCUUCUGCAUCACCACUUCAUACAUAAUCAUAUUUUGCUCUGUGCUACGCUCAGGUAAAUCUAGUGGUAAAGCUCUGCACACCUGCAUGACUCACAUCAUCGUCAUGGUCAUCAGUUUGACCUUUGUACUCACAGCUUUCUUGUCAUAUCGGAUCAGAACCAGCCUCCCAGCUGCUGGACGACUUUCUGUUAGCAUCAUGUACCUGUUUCUUCCAAGCUGUUUCAACCCCAUCAUCUAUGGCAUCAGAACCACUGAGAUCCGACAACAUAUCUGGAGGACCUUGUCACCUUGCUGGCCAGUACAAACUGUGAAUUGUUGUUGAAAAACUAAUUUAAUUGUUACAGCUCCACAUCUGUUUGGACUCAUAUUUAUCAAUAAAAACUGUUCAAACGUU